GUCCCGGAAAAUGAACAUUCUCAACCCUAGUCCAUGGAAACUCCCCUCGCCCUUUGUGGGCAUAACGUUCAGAGCGUUCUGUGGCCUGAUAAUGUUGGCCAACGCGAGUGCCGUCUAUGGACGGUUGGAAAUCUUGAGCAUUUCCGCCAACUUUGUUCUUACGACCAAUAUUUCCUUUACGUGCCUAAUACUUGUAAUGAUUGCCAUGUUUUGCGAGCAGCGUUGGCGCAACAAUUAUUUCAGCCGCGACGUCAAGAUCUUUUGCCUCAGUUUCGCUUCACUUUGGGCCAUGGUGUUUACUUCAAAUUUCGGUUUCAUCGUGAGCGGUUUUGUAGUUUGCCAUGUUCCAAGCUAUCAACAUGAAGCCGAGGCGAAGUAUUGCCACUUCUUUGGCAAUCAUAAAAUAGCUGAGAUCCCCGACCGAGCGGGCUGGCUUAUAUAUUUUUGGAUCGUCAUGGCCGUCACUUUGAGUAUAGCUUGCUGGCAGACGAUCAGCUGGCUUCAUUGGUACUUCAGGAUCAGCGAUUUACUAAGAAGGAGGGCUACAACUGCGACUGCAGCGUAAUUAGAAUGGUGCUGGAUAUUGGAUAUAUCAAACAGGCGAAAGGCAACUAAUACCGGAAAGGCAAUGUGCGGUUACAGCUGCAAAUGCUAUGUUGAUGAUAAUGCUGAUGAUAAUGUUGAUACCGUUGAAUGUUGACGGUUACACCU